UCGUUGAACAUGGAUCAGUCCUAAGCGUUAAGAUGGCUGAGUCCAGCAAAAGUUUUCUCGGUCUGUUGAACGGGCUGGCUAGGCGGAGCUAUUAUGGGGAUGAGAACAUCACAGACGGCUUUCUGAAGGAAGAGUUGUAUCCAGAGAUGCCGGAGGGCGACUUUGAAGCGCUGUUGUCCAAAUGCAAUGGCUUGAUAAAGAGCAUGGUGUCAGCAGACAUGGACUUCAAACAGUUGGAAGCAUUCGCCACAUCUCAGACCAAACGGAAGCAAGGUGGAAUCACUGAAGAGGAGGCCCAGAUGCUGACCAAGUUUUGGAAGACACACAAGUCGAAGAUCCACCAGGUUGUUGUGAGCAGAUGUGCGUGGAACAACAAGCUGAAGGAUGUGAGCUGGAGGAUUGACCUGAAGAUGCAGGCCAAACAUGUGGACCAGAUCAACCAGCCCACAGCUAUUGUAGAGCUGCAGGUGCAGAAUGGGGAACAAAAGGAGUCUAAUGUUGUCAGGUUUGAGAUGGACGAAGAAAGGUUAUCCAAGGUCGUCAAAGACAUUGAGAAGAUUGAAGAACAGAUUAAUGCCCACUGUCAAAAAUAAUGCACCAGAGAUAUUUCAAAUGAUGGACAAAUAGGUCCUCUGUAAUUUUGAACAGAAUAUAUGGACAAUCUUCCUAUCAUCAGAAACAAGUUUUGAAAUUAUUUACAUGGUAAAUGAACUUACUUGUAGUAAUGAGGAAAGGAUUGCUGUAA